UUAUCUUCUGCCGAGUCGUUUUGUUUCUGUUUGCCUGCUAAUUUAUUUAAAAAAAGUCUUGUGUUAAUUUAUCCAACUUUUUCGAGUAAAGAAAGUAUUGUGUGCCGGUAGAAAGCGAGGCACUAAAGCAAGAACAUCUGGAACAUAGCAUUUGAAAGACAUGGAAACGACCCGAGACCGAAACGUCCGUAUCGCCAGCGAAGCGCUACGGCUCGUGCUGGAGUGCAAAGCGCCCCAGUUUUGUUCCUCCGCGGGAUCCGUUCACAUGGUACAACAGCAGCAAGAAUGGUCAAAGCGGUUGCUGUACACGCUACCCCCGUUACUGGAAUGGAUCGAACAGCACCGGCAUACGUUGUUCGGCGAGGAAUGGGGCCCAGCCGUGCAGAAGUUUCAAAAACGCUUUGUGUUGGUCUUCCUAGAGCAGCUCAGCGGGUUUUUUAAAAACGGAGAAUUUCAGAUAAACUAUCGCGGUCAGAACGCGUUCGAAUUGGAAACCCGGCUGUUAAAGUUCAGCGACGAUGUCGAGAGAAUCCUCACUACGAACAUGGCCAUCCGGAGCUGGUUGUUCCACUACUAUGGAAGUCAGCUGGGACUGCAGGGCUGGCAGUGCCGACCGGGUGAUCUGUACAGCCUCUACCGAUUGUUCGAUUUUCUGAGGCAUCAUGAGUUGGACGUUCUCUUCGGGCAGAAAAUGCUUUCGUUCUUGGAAAACAUAGGGAAAGAACUGCUCGGAUUUCCGCAAAACUCGGAAUACCAGAGGAUGGGUAUUCUGGUUAUGACAACUGUUAUGCAAAUCAGCUACGAGAAGCAAAAAUACACGAACGAUGCAGAGAAGAUCCUCAAAAUGGCCCUGCACCUGAACAGGGAUGUAGGGGAAGAGUACGGUGAAGAAUUGUGGAGUAUUAUCUACUAUUCUGUCUCAUCAAUUCGCGAUACCAACAGUUCCUUGAACGAUGAGGUUAUGCAGAACUUGCUGGCUCUUCUGAAUGAAGAGCUCAUGAAAAUGGAGGACGAUGAGGAUCUGAACGUUUCAUUCGGUGAUGGGCCACUUACCUAUCUGAGAGCGGUAACUCUGCUGCUGCUGUUGGACGUACCGGAGGUCGGUUUGAAAAAUUGCAACUUCGAUGAGCUUACCAUUUCCGGCCGUACGUGCGAUCGGGACAAGUUCCGCCGGCAUGUGAUGUCCCACUUACGAACGAACAAUCUUCGUUUUUCCAUCAACAUAAGACUUCGAAUUGCACAGAUGAUUCCGAAGCUGUUUGCCGGGUUUACUUCAAUCUAUUAUGUAGAUUCACACGCCUACAAGUGCUUGGAAUUGCUUUCAUGGAUGACGAUGUUUCCCGUUAGUCGGACUAAGCAGCAGAAAAACGCUAGGGGAAUCAUGCUGAAACGCUUGCUGGAAGAAAUGAAGCUACUGUGCGAGAGUUUCAUCAAAAAUCCCUCGGAGUACUCGUAUGAUGAGCAAGAUUUGCAAGAACUGUAUGAUAAUCUACAUCCGCUGCUGUCCGUUGUACGGGAAGGAAUCAAGCAGCUGCCGAAUGCGGGACGGUUCCGCAGGUAUAAGUGCGAUAUGCAAAUGGGCAUAAGCGUAGUACUGGUCCUGUUGGAACUGUUGAAGUGCUUCAGAGAGCAGGAACAGGAGCUGUAGAUGGGGACGUCCAACUGCCAGUCUUGUAAGCGACGCGUACGUUUGAUUCCUGGUAUAUUUAGAGAACCAUUCAACUUUCUACCUUUAUAUAGAAUACCAUUUUUUGCUGCUUUCUUUUAUUUUUAUUUUUCUGUUGUGCAGUGCAGUGAAGUGUUCAGUGAACCGUCGUUGU